AUUAACAAAUAAUUUUUCCAUCUCAUAAAAUAUAACUGGAGUAGUCGAUAACGUUGAAGACUCUCCCUCCAAAACUCAGUUUCUCACUCUAAAUUUUCCACAAUUAAAAAGAAUAUAUAUAUUUUUUUAUAUAAAUCUCCUCAAAACUACCCUCUUCUCUCUCAAAUUUUCUCUAAUUCUUUUUCAAGGUUUAAAGUGUUCGUAUAAUGCCACAGGGCAAUCUGGAAACCCUCGUUUCCGCCUGUGCUUGCGGCUCUUGCGACAACAAAAUUGUCUGCGAGACUUUAACAACCACCGAAGGCGACUACAACGACUGCCUCCACACGGCGGAGAAACUUCUCGAAGAAGAAACCCCUCCGGAUUUUCCGCCAGAAUCGUUUUUGUUGUCCAAAGACGCUGAGCUCGUCUGGUUCGAUAGCAACGCUUUUCUAGAACGGAAAGAUUCGCAGAAACGGAACUCCGUUUCGAACUCUACAAAUCUUAAUCCUAAUCUCAACUCAGUUCCGAAUUCUCAACGCUUUUCUUUGAGAAAAUCUAAGGCUUCGAUCCUCGGAUUACCGAAACCACAGAAAUCUUGCUUCGUUGAAACAAAGAACCGGAAACCUGGAAACACCAGAUUGUUUCCUAAACGAUCCGGUUCGGUUAAAUCGGAUCCGCCCGUCAUUGAACCUUCUUCGCCUAAAGUUUCUUGCAUGGGAAGAGUCAGAUCGAAACGAGACCGUAAUCGCCGAUUAAAAAAGAACCGCCAAAAAUCAGCUGGAAUCGAAACAGUUAAAAAGAAAACAACGAGGACAGGGAGCGGUUUCUUCUCGAGUUUCCGUGCUAUUUUCCGGUGCAAUGGUAAAGCACGUGAGUCACACGCUCUGCCAUUAACACUGUCGCCGCCGCGAGACAGUGACAUUAGGUCUCGUUUGCCGCCGGAUGAUGGUGAUGACGUAUUGAAUGUAGCUCCUGAAAUAGCUGAGAGUGGACCGGUUGCAGAGCCGGUCAGUCUAGGUGGAAUGAAGCGGUUCUCGUCGGGUAGGAGAUCGGAGACGUUAAUCUGAACCGUGUGGAGAACCGGUUCCCUGAGUGGUGGGCCAUAGUUAAGGUCGUGGGUUUGGUUUUUGGUCGUAGUUGGUAACUUGCUGGUCCCGCCUAAUGCGCUAAACUUCCUUCGUGGUGGCGUGGCAUGAUAAAUUAGCGGUUUCCUUUGAAGGUAAAAAACCAAAACAAACACAUUUAAUUUUCAAAAUUUCCACGCUUUUCUCUCUCUCUAGAAAACCCAAAAAAAAAAAAAAAGGUUUGAUUUCAUUUUAUAGUACCGUCACUAGGAUGAUGCUCAUAAGCGUUUUUCUGUAAUCUUGCUUUUGUUAUUUUAAUAAAAACUUCAAAACAACCAUGUAAAAUUUUAUAUUCUCUGUGAAUAUUUUUUUAUCAUUUAUCAUAAAUUCUAACUUAAAAGAGAUUGAAUUAUGUCAUAAAUAUAAAAUUAAAAUUUCAUUUAUAGCAAAGUAUAUUUAACUAUCUAUUUUCGAAGGAAAAGGCAAAGGAAGUAUCAAGAGUUUUACAUUCUUAAGGGCAUGUAGAGUACUAGUUUUUAUGGCGGGUGAAAAUAAUUGUAUAUAAAGACAUAUUUAGGGAUUCAAUUCGAAAAUUUGAAUUUUUUUUCGAAUUUUGAGUUAACCGAAUUAAUUAAUUCGAGUUUGAAUAAAAUUAUUUUUACAAUCUGAAUAAUUCGAAUAA